CGAGCAGUCGCAUAGGCCAGAGGCAAUCAGACGUCUCCAUUCAUCGGCGAGUGUCUGCCACCGUUGACAAAGUUGCCCUAAAAAUUCGUAUUUGUUGUUCAAUUGAUAAAUAAAACAAUGAACCAGACAAUGGGGAGCCGUCAGGCGCUCAAGGAGCACGUCCUGGCUGUCUCUCGGGAUUUUAUCUCCCAGCCGAGGCUCACUUACAAGACAGUAUCAGGUGUCAACGGACCCCUAGUAAUCCUUGACGAAGUUAAAUUCCCGAAAUACGCCGAAAUUGUCCAACUGAAGCUCGCCGAUGGCUCCCUGCGUUCGGGUCAGGUGCUCGAGGUGUCUGGCUCCAAAGCCGUCGUCCAGGUGUUCGAGGGCACCUCUGGGAUCGACGCAAAGAACACCCUCUGCGAGUUCACCGGUGAUAUCCUGAGGACUCCAGUGUCCGAGGACAUGCUCGGUCGCGUGUUCAACGGCUCUGGAAAGCCCAUUGACAAGGGGCCCCCCAUUCUCGCUGAGGACUUCUUGGACAUCGACGGACAGCCCAUCAACCCCUGGUCUCGUAUUUACCCGGAGGAGAUGAUCCAGACGGGUAUUUCUGCCAUUGACGUCAUGAACACCAUCGCUAGGGGGCAGAAAAUUCCGAUUUUCUCGGCUGCUGGUCUUCCUCAUAAUGAGAUUGCAGCCCAAAUUUGUCGUCAAGCAGGUCUGGUAAAAGUCCCUGGAAAAUCCGUGCUGGACUCCCACGAGGACAAUUUCGCCAUUGUCUUCGCAGCUAUGGGUGUGAACAUGGAGACAGCUCGUUUCUUCAAGCAGGACUUCGAGGAGAAUGGCUCGAUGGAGAACGUCUGCCUCUUCCUGAACCUCGCCAACGACCCCACCAUCGAGCGUAUCAUCACGCCACGUCUGGCCCUGACAGCAGCCGAGUUCCUGGCCUAUCAGUGCGAGAAGCACGUCCUCGUCAUCCUGACGGACAUGUCCUCGUACGCCGAGGCUCUUCGUGAGGUAUCAGCUGCCCGUGAGGAGGUGCCCGGACGUCGUGGUUUCCCGGGUUACAUGUACACCGAUUUGGCCACCAUCUACGAGCGCGCUGGACGUGUUGAAGGGCGCAAUGGCUCCAUCACCCAGAUCCCCAUUCUCACUAUGCCCAACGACGAUAUCACUCACCCCAUCCCCGAUCUCACUGGCUACAUCACUGAGGGACAGAUUUACGUGGAUCGUCAGCUGCAUAACAGGCAGAUUUAUCCACCUGUCAAUGUAUUACCUUCACUCUCACGUCUCAUGAAGUCGGCUAUUGGCGAGGGCAUGACGAGGAAGGAUCACUCCGACGUUUCCAAUCAGUUGUACGCUUGCUACGCCAUCGGCAAAGACGUCCAAGCAAUGAAGGCAGUGGUGGGUGAGGAGGCCCUCACCCCCGACGAUCUCCUCUACCUCGAGUUCCUCUCGAAAUUCGAGAAGAACUUCAUCUCCCAAGGCAGCUACGAGAACCGCACUGUCUUCGAGUCCCUCGACAUUGGCUGGCAGUUGCUCCGUAUCUUCCCCAAGGAGAUGCUCAAACGUAUUCCUGCCAGCACCCUGGCUGAAUUUUACCCCAGGGAUUCGCGCCAUUAAGCCAGCGAAAAAAAUUAUUUUAUCGAAAUUUACUUUCUUUUCUCCAAGUGUUACGUUUGAAUGAGCUAUUACGAUGGCAUAGCCGCACGACUUUGAGUCGUCUUGUGUUCUCAAUCAUCUCUGCCAAUUGGUAUUGAUACUGAUAUUUGCAGAGUGCAGACGUCCAGUUGGUUCCAUCGAUAAAUUUCAAGUAAAUUAAAUUAACAAAUUACUUAUCAAUCAAAGAGUCGUGCCGAUUACCAUCGAACGUUGGGUCGUGCAAAGUUUAAUGAUAAAAGUGCAUAAAGAGUUCGUCAUUUCACUGACUAGAGACAAUAUUCAGAAUAUUUAACAAAAUUCGAACGAAAAAAUAUGCGAAAUACUUUGUAUUUCUUCUCCAUUCGUUGGAUCGUCAGGAAUUUUAUUAAAAUCAUGUAAAUUGUAAUAUAUUGUUCAGUAUUAUCAUAAGAAAUAUAAAUCAUUAGAGUUCAACUCUCGACGGUGUGCAAACAUUCCAAAAGUUGAAGUUUCCCCCCUGUGGCUACACGAUCAUUAAAAAAAAAUCAAUUUCCGAUGGGCGUGAUGAUUUUGGAGAAUUUACUGGUCUACCGGGAGAAAUAAUUCUGUUCUUUACUGCACAGUGAAACGAGAGGUUGUGCUUAUGAUAAUGCUUUCACAUUAAUGAAUGAAACAAAGAAAAAACCCCUGAACAACACUGAAUGUUUAUUUAAGGUUUUACGAUUUCUUGUGAUGUUUUAAUAUCAUUUCAACGAUGGAUCGGAUUUUUUUCUGUAAUGUUUAGAACAGUGUAUGUAUUAUAACUGUAAAAAAAUUAUUCGUUGAAUGUAA